AUGCCUCCCAUCGUUUUUAUAGAUGAUGACUUUCAUGGCCUCGACCAUCAACAAGAUGACCCCAUUGUUAUCACCGUUGAAAUCGAAAAUUACGCUGUCAAAAAAGUCCUCGUUGAUCAAGGCAGCUCCGUUGAUAUCCUCUACUGGGCCACCUACCAGAAACUUCAGCUUCCUGACACCGCCAUGGUCCCAUAUGACGAGCCAAUAUAUGGCUUUUCCAGUGAACAGGUAUCCACCCAGGGCUACAUUGACCUCCACACCGUCUUUCAGGAGGGGACCCAGACUAAAACCAUCCCAAUCCGCUUCCUUAUCGUCGACGCACCAACAUCCUAUAACAUCCUGCUGGGCCGUCCUUCCCUCAAUACUCUCGAUGUCGUCGUUUCCACCCCUCACCUAGCCAUGAAGUUCCCUGCCCCAUCCGACGACAUCCUUACAACCCACUACGACCAGCGCUUGGCACGCGAAUUCUACAUGGCCAGCUUGCGCCCACAACUCCUAAUCCAACAAACCAACCAUAUCGAACGACCCCCUUGCUCCAGCAAAGCCCUAUCCGGCGAGGAUCAUGACCCUAGAAUAGGCCGGGACGUUCGCCUCGAACCAAUUGAGGACACCUCCCCUCUAGAGCUUUCCAAUGAUUACACGGACCUGAACAAGGCUUGCCCUCGUGACACUUACCCCUUACACAACAUUGAUCGACUCGUGGACGGCGCAGCAGGGAACAAGGUGCUUACUUUCCUGGAUGCAUAUUUUGGGUAUAGCCAAAUUCCCAUGGCCGCAUCAGACAUGCACAAAACCGCCUUCAUCACGGACGAUGCCAAUUACUUCUACAAGGUCAUGCCCUUUGGCCUCAAAAACGCCGGAGCAACUUACCAACGGCUCAUGGACAAGGUUUUCAGCCACCUAAUGGGACACUGUGUUGAAGUAUACGUCGACGACAUGGUUGUCAAGUCCCCAAGUCAUCGCCAACAUGCCGAGGACCUGUCAGCAGUCUUCUCCACACUACGUCAGUACAACCUUCGUCUAAACCCUGACAAGUGCGUAUUCGACGUUGAUCGGGCCACUGAUUAUACCGUCAGCGUCGUGCUCGUCCAAGAAAUAGAAGGCACAACAUCCAGUGUAUUUUGUGAGCAGAACGUUGCAAGAUCCUAA